AUGAUACCAGCAGUCCUCACAAACUUGCACCAACUGCAUGAUUUGGCCACUAUUUAUCUGAAACGAAGUGGUGGUACUUUCAUGUUUAAAGGUCCAUGGUUCGCCAACAUGGAUAUGCUCGUUACAACGGAUCCAUUAGAUAUCCAUCACAUUUUAAGCAAGAACUUCCCUAAUUAUCCUAAAGGCCAAAAUUUCCGUAAAAUGUUUGAUAUCCUCGGAGAUGGAAUCUUUAAUGCCGAUGGACAUAUAUGGGAGAUCCAGCGCAAAACCACCAUGUCCCUCUUAAGGCAACCCAACUUUCAAAGUGUUUUUGAAGCGAUUGUCUGGAACAAGGUGGAAAGCGGGCUUUUACCAGUGCUAGAAUCAAUUUGCGAACUAGGCAAAGAGGUAGAUUUGCAGGAUAUAUUUCAAAGGUUCACUUUUGACACUAUAUGCAGGUUGCUCUUAGACUAUGACCCGAAAAGCCUUUCUGUUGAUUUCCCAUCCCUUCCGUGUGAGAAGUCGAUGACAGAUAUUCAAGAAGGUAUAUUUUACAGACAUUUUAUGCCACCGUUUCUUUGGAAAUUGCAACAACUACUAAGAAUCGGGAAUGAGAAGAAGUUGAGUGAAGCAUGCAAUGUUCUUGAUCACUUUUUAUACAAGUGCAUAGCGAGAUUACAAAAUGAGUACUCGAGCGACAUUGAGAAAGAACAUGGGCAAGGAAACGUUGGACUAGGAACAUCGCUGAUUAGAGAAUUCAAGGACCAAACCGGUAGUUCUGGAGAUCACAACAAGUUUUUAAGGGAUACCUUAGGUACCCUAGUGGGUGCAGGGAAAGAUACAACUAGCACCACCCUCUCAUGGUUUUUCUAUCUCGUUGCAAAAAAUCCAAUCGUAGAGGACAAGAUUCGAGAGGAGAUUCACAGGUUUAUGGAGGUGAAAGUAGAUGAUCGAAAAUGGAAUUCGAAAGAGUUAAGCAAACUGGUUUAUCUUCAUGGGGCUUUAUGCGAAGCCUUGAGGCUUUAUCCACCUAUUCCUUUUAACCACAAGAUUCCAUUACAACCGGAUAUCCUUCCAAGUGGCCAUAAGGUUAGUAAAAAAACCAAGAUUAUUCUAUAUCACUAUGGCAUGGGCAGGAUGAAAAAAAUAUGGGGUAAGGAUUGCAUGGAAUUUAAGCCUGAAAGAUGGAUCUUAGAGGGAGGAGGGAUGAAAUAUGAGCCAUAUUACAAAUUCCCGGCAUUUAAUGGAGGUCCGAGGACUUGUUUAGGUAAGGAUAUGAGUUUCACUCAGCUGAAGAUAGUGGCAUCUACGAUCAUUUACAGUUAUCAUAUUGAGUUGGUGGAAGGUCACCCGGUGUUUCCAAGCGAUUCCAUAGUACUUCAGAUGAAACAUGGUUUGAAGGUAAAGUUAACAAAAAUAAGUGAAGUGGAUAUUAGUUCCAAACAUGUGAAAUUAUGA